AUGGAUUACCCAGUUGUGAUGGCCAUUGACUUUGGAACGACAUUCUCUGGGGUCGCUUAUGCACUCAAGGCGGACGGUGAAGUCCACGAUAUCACCAAAUGGUACUCUAUGCAUUUUCUCGUUGAUCAAUAUUACCCAAAGACGCCGACACUUAGUUUGUACAAAAAAGACUCGCAAAAGAUCCUCGACUGGGGUCAUGCUGCUCGUUUGGCCAUGCUCAAGCCCUCGGCAAAGGACUUUUGUUUGCUCCGAAAGUUUAAACUGCAGCUGGAUGAAACUCUGCAUAGCACCCCUCUUGAGAACGGCAUCUCAGCUUUGGAGGCUGUGACCCAUUAUCUGAAAAAACUACAUGGUCACGUCAUGUCGGAGCUGAUGAAGAGCUUCAUCAAGAACUAUGAGCCCAGCCAAUUUCAGUACUGUCUGACGGUUCCUGCCAUGUGGUCCGAUGCUGCCAAGAAUACCAUGCGACGGGCAGCUAUUGGCGCUGGUUUGAUUCAGGAGGGCGACCCACCAAAUCGCUUGAUACUGAUUUCUGAACCCGAAGCUGCAGCCAUGUACUGCGAGCGAAUGGUCGACAGAUUCUCGCUCAAGCACGGAGACCGAUUCAUGAUUUGCGAUGCCGGUGGUGGAACUGUGGAUCUGAUUGUCUUUGAAGUAAGCGAGCCCCCAGGUCAGACCCGGCAUCUGAAAGAGGUCACGCGUGGUCAUGGUGCCUCUUGCGGAUCAGUUUUCCUUGAUGCGAAUAUGGAGCGACUGCUGGAGCGUAAGUUCAGGCGAUAUCGCAGGGGCAUCAAGGCAUGCGGGUGGGCGUCGCUCAUGGACACGUUUGUGGAUAUGGUCAAGCCCAUGUUUAAUGGCCAGGAGGAUGUGCUAAUGCAAAUUCCACAGGCCACCGGUCUCGAGGACUUGAACGACCCUGACAUUGGACUAGAGGACGGUGUACUUUGCGUCCCUGUCGAGGAAAUGAAGGCUGAGGUCUUUGAGCCUGUCAUUUCAGAUGUAUUGGACCUGAUCCAGAAACAGCUACAUCAGAGCCAGUCCUGCAACGCCAUCUUUAUGGUCGGAGGAUUUGGAUCUUCUCGUUAUUUGGAAGAGCGUGUCCGGCAAGAAUUCUCGCAUCUUGUUGGACUGAUUGCGGUUCCACAGCGUCCCGAAUUGGCUGUGGUCCGUGGAGCGGUCUACGCAGGGUUGAAUACAAAGACGAUCAACAUGCGUGUGGCCCGUCGCUGGUACGGAGUUGAUGCCAACAUGCCAUUCGAGGAGGGCGUCGACCCAGAGUCGAAGAAGAUUAUCUCGCACGACGGAUAUAUUCGCUGCAAGGAGCGAUUCUCGGUUUAUGUGCGUCCUGGACAGCAGAUCGGCGUGGAUGAGUGUGUCUCGAAGGAAUACGUGACCUGGUCGUACCCCAAGGGCCUGGACUCGCCCUUGUACGUGUGUAACUCACCCAAUCAGCCUAAAUAUAUCACGGACCCUGGCGUGCAAAAGAUUGCAGACUUCCACAUUCCUAUGCCUGAAAUCCCUGGCGCCCAACCCCGUACCCGUGUCGUCUUUAAGCUGAACAUGUACUUUGGGUUGACCGAGGUGCGUGCGGAGGCAGUGAUCAACGGAAACACCUACACGACUAUUUGCUCGUUCGGAGGCGGAGGAAAUAGCCGCUAA